AUGCUCAUUGUCCACCCUUCAAGCUCUUGCGAUAUCUGUCUGGAUGCCUAUGAUUGGGACAUCCCGACACAGAUGCCUCACGCUAUACCCUGCGGCCAUAUCUUCUGUAAAACUUGCCCCUUUUGCCGCAAGCCGUUCGUCGGUAGUCGCAUCGUAAAGCUGCACGUCGACCGUCCAGCAUCGUCGGAGCAGGGUGUAGAGGAUGUUGAGCUACUGCGGAGACUUGAUGCAGAGGAAGCGAAACGUCAGGCCGAGCUUGAAGCUGCUGUGGAACAGAGUAAGCAACGCAAGCGGGCACUACGAGAAUCUUUGGAAAGGGCGCAUCGGCUGCAAGAACAGCGCGAGGAAGAGGCUGAAGCUCGAAAACGACAAUCGCCUACUGUGGCAGGAAAAAGUGCUUUUGGUGCUGUGCCCAGUCCAAGGGAUACGGAAACGGGUCUCCCUGAGAUGGAGGUAGGCUCCUCUCUAGAUUUUAGGCAAUUCCGCUUGGGCACCGGUACUCCCCUUCACGACUAUCAGGCUCACACGUUGUACACAUCAUAUCUCAUAUACCAUUAUAUUGUUUACUUCAAUGAUUUGCGUCUCGAUGACUGGUUACGAAACCCGCUGGUCAUCUUUGAAUCUUUGAUGCUCCCGAAGGGCUUCAAGGAAGAUGCAACGAUUUUUCAAGAUAUUCUUCGCUACACAUUACAUCGCUGA